UCCUUUUAAAAAACUUUUCCCCAAAAUCUUCUCAAAAUUGAAACCCUCCCUCCCCGCGCAAUUCCGGCGACUGAAGCGGAAACGGCGGUGGCGAAAAUCCCGAGGGAGAGUGCCGACUUCCGAACGUGAACGGAAGGAGUGAGCUCCGAUCACCGGCGAUCAAUCGAGAUAGCGGAGUUCGAGGAGACCGAGGCCAUGGCAACGGAGUCGUCGGAGGGAGAAGAUGAUGUGAAGCUCACCGGAGGAAAUCAAUUGCUCGUGGUAGAAGACGAUCUCAGAGAAAUGGGGAAAAAGGCCGCCUGGAGUGUAAGCUCUUGCAAACCUGGAAAUGGCGUCUCCGCUCUCCGCGAUGAUAACCUCGAAUCCUAUUGGCAAUCUGAUGGCGCUCAACCUCAUUUGGUGAACAUUCAAUUCCAGAAGAAAGUGAAAUUGCAACUGGUUGUUCUAUACGUAGAUUUCAAGCUCGACGAGAGCUACACGCCGAGUAAGAUCUCGAUACGCGCAGGGGACGGCUUCCAUAAUUUGAAGGAAAUAAAAACCGUGGAGCUAGUUAAGCCAACUGGUUGGGUUUAUUUAUCUUUGUCAGGAAAUGAUCCAAGGGACACUUUUGUGAACACUUUCAUGUUGCAAAUUGCUAUUCUAUCAAAUCAUCUUAAUGGCAGGGAUACUCAUGUCCGCCAGAUCAAAAUUUAUGGGCCUCGACCGAACCCAAUUCCUCAUCAACCAUUCCAAUUUACUUCAAGGGAGUUCAUUACUUAUUCAAUGAUAAGAUAACAAAUGUGACCAAAAGCAGCUGAUGAUGAAUGUGGCCAGAAUCAGCAAGUGACUGAAGCUUGUUCCGAAGCCAAAAAGUUGUAUGUAUAUCUUGUUUCGAGUUAAAUCGAGUUCUUGCGAACAAGUUCAUCUUGGAAUUUGGGUGGGUGGGAGAACUUGUAAGUUGUAACGUACUAAUUAUUGACCGGGAACUCUUUGAAAGCUUGGAUGGUUUUAUUGUCGGGAAUUAGUGUCAUGUUUAAGUAGCUGAAAUUAGACCAUAGUUUUAAAAAUUUUGGGGAUUCAUUAUAUUUUUUUCCGUGUAAUGUAAAAUUGUAUUGUAAACAAGACAGAGAAACUUUACUCCAUCGAAAAUAGCAUUUGAGGAGACCUGGAUAGGGGAUAUUCAAUCCUCAAAUAGGAUGGACUUUCUUUAACCAUGAA